AUGUCAACUACCAACAGACCCUUCCUCUCAACAAUGCUCACAAACAUCUGGGCCUUCCGCUCAAGGCAGCAACUCCUGCGAACACUAGCUAAAUCACCGUCACCACCCCCACAAGCACUCACCCCGCAACGGCAACGGCGGGGUUCGUCUACCUCUUUAUCUUCACUGCACAGUCUCGAGAAGGGGCGGAAGAGUGUUGAGGCACCAGCAACAAACACAGGAACGGGGACGAGUGCGGGAGGAGGAGGUGGAGCUGGAGGUGGUGGAGGGCACCAGUGGGAGAGGGACGGUGGGAAGUUGUGGAUUGGCGGGCGGACUGCGGACGGGAAGGAACAAUAUUACAGUCUGGGAGUCAUCAGGAGAAAAUCAUUCGACCGUAUGUCGGUCUAA